AUGGAUGGUACAGAACCGGUGGAUGUAACAAUUUAUACGCCUAAAGCAAACAUAAACAUGAUACAUGCCCUUGGUCUUGAUUUGAACGCCAUCCUCAACUCUCAGUUGUUACAGCUCUGUCAAUGGAAAUCAAGGGGUAUUGCAAUCACACAUUUGACUGAAGUCCUCCUCACAUCACCCUCUCUCUCCCCCUCCAUCCACCUUAUUGGUGGCUACAGACUGGGAGGGAACGAGGGGAGUGAGAGCCACUACCUCGCAGACACCCUCAGAGUCGCCUCGUUUGUGCCAUCAAGUGGGGGAAUUUUAAAGUACACACACACACACACAAAUAGUUGGUAUGGUCUGCAAUGCGGCAAUAAGACUUCGCCACAGCCACUGCUGAAUGCAAAAGGUUAUGAUGGAGGCGGCGGCGGCGGCGGUGGUGGUGGUGGUGGUGGUGGUGGUGGUGGUGGUGGUGACGACAUGCACACGCACAGUGAGGGUGGAGACGGAGGCAGUGGAAGACGUGUGGUCAUAAAGGCGGGUCUUUGA